AUGACCUCGCCACGCGCCUUCGCGUGACAGGUGGCCUCCCGCCACACUCCGUUGCCACAAACCAAUCUUCUUUUCUCUCUCUUCUGCCCUAAUUUCUCAUUUUCCCUCUUUCAUUUCAACCUUACUUUCCAAUUCCAUCCUUCAACUUCAAUAUUCCAAUUCUAUUCUUCUCCGAAUCCUCUUCCUCCUCUUAGGAUCACACGUGAAAUGAAUUUUUCAUUUCUUGGGGUGUUCGAUUUACUUGUCCAUGCUUUCCAAAAAGGAUAAGUGAAGUACAAUAUUGAAGUAGUGUUUUGUUUUUCUGCUUUAGGGAAUUUUGUUCCUGGAACAAUUGUACGGGCAUAGCUGGUUUUGUAAAUAUGGGAUCAGAGAGUGUGGCUCCGGCGGUUGAGACAUCGAAAAGCAGGUCUUCUCCGGGUAAAGUGAAUCCAGGGAAAGUCCCUAGGAAAAUUCACAAGGCAGAGAGGGAGAAAUUGAAGCGUGAACAUUUGAAUGAACUCUUUCUUGACCUUGCCAAUGCACUUGAUCUAAACGAGAACAAUGGAAAGGCUUCUAUAUUGUGUGAAGCUGGUAGGUUGCUGAAAGACUUGCUCUGUCAGAUCGAUUCCCUCAAGAAAGAGAACGUUACUCUGGUGUCUGAAUCUCAUUAUGUGACCAUGGAGAAAAAUGAGCUGAAGGAGGAGAAUUGUAGCCUAGAAACUCAAAUCGAGAAACUUCAAGGUGAGAUACAAGCAAAAGUGGCUCAAUCUAAACCUGACCUGAAUGCACCUCCUCAUGUGGAACUUGAGCCACUGGAGCAGACAAAUUUUCCAGGACAGGGUCUUCAAAUGCACACUAUAGAACCUAACUUGCAGCAAGGAUCUGCAGUUUUGGUUGUCCCCUUUUGUCCUGAUAUUCAAGCUUCUUUUCCAGCUCCUAAUGUUUCGGAGGUUACGCCAAAAUCUACAUCCAUUGUCAAGAAACCACAUGCCAGGUAUCCCACGCCCGCAGAUUCAUGGCCAUCACAGCUGCUUGGAGAGCAACCAACUUCAAGUUAGUUUGUACUUUGUAGAGUUAUAGCUUCAGUAUUGGUUUAACACACCAACUAGUUUACCUGAUAGCAAUGCCUCUCUUGAGCUUUCAUGUAUAAAUUAAAUUCGUUCAAUGAUCCAAGAGAAUCUCACUCGUUUCCGUUUCACCUGAUCUAAUCUAGGAAUUAAUUUUUGGUUCGA